UCGAAGUACACGCCGAACGUAUACACCGGGUGUUGGCAAUUGGCAAUUAUAUGUUAACUGUUAAAGAGUCCGACACAAUAACUUGGAUUUCAGUAUUCACAUGGCGUAUUAGUGCCUGUUAUGAAUGCUUUUUGAAACAGGUGGUAUUUCCAUACUGCCACAGCCGCAGACAAACGAUACAACAUCUUAAUACAAAGACAUGGAAGUGGAAUUAGUGGAGGAAAGUCUAUGUGACAAAAUGGACGAAAUAAUUCACAUAAAUUUGAGAGGGACGAGAUUUUCUACAGUAAGAUCAACGCUGAGUCGGCUUCCUGUGGCUAUAACUGAGGAUAAGAGGGGCACUUAUGACGUGCAAAACAAGGAGUACUUCUUUAACAGGAACCCACGGAUCUUUCACGAGAUACUUGAUUACUGUGAGACUGGUCGCCUCCAUCUCCCUGAGAACGUGUGUUCCCAGAGUAGUCGUGAGGAGCUCUCCUUCUGGGGAGUCCCUCAGGACUGUAUCCAGCAAUGCUGCUGGAAAGCCUUCUAUAAAGUGGACGAUGAAAUGGACGUCCUGGACAAACUGCUCGAUUAUCUCCCCUUGGACACAGACUUCACACGCGCUCAAUCCGGGGUCCAGAGUUCAGGAUGUGGGAACUUCCAGGGAAAGCUUUGGCGAUUCAUUCAGGGCUGGAGCUCUUCCCUGGCUGCCAAGGUAUGGAAGGUUGUAAUAGUAGUGACGGUCUUGGUGUCCCUGCUCGUUUUCCUGCUAGAGAGUGAGAUCGAUUUCCGGGAUGUAUUCCCGCUCACUACUGUACUUAUAAACACAACAGGAACGGAUCAAGAUAGCACCACUGUUGUGCCAAAAACCAUCACGGGACACCGACCUAAAGCAUGGCUGGCACUAACAAACGCAGUCACCAACUUGAUUCUAACAUUGGAACUGGCAUUGCGAAUCGUCUCGUGCCCGAAAAAGAAACAUUUUUUUGUGAGUUUCCUUAACAUUUCUGAGAUCCUAGCGUGUAUCGGGGUUUGGAUAGCUCUGUACCUUGAUAACUUUACAGUGACCUUUGACGACACUGGUAAACGAAAGCCGUCCUACAUCUUCGUGUUUCUACUCUGUCUAUUCCGUGUGUUUCGUAUAUUUCGGUUUUUCGUCAAUAACUCCGGAAUGCGAAUCCUGAUGCUGUCGCUUCGCUCGAGCUCACGAGAGUUGUGUCUGUUGUUUGUGUCAUUUGUCAGUUUUGCCGUGAUGUUUGCAACAGUCAUGUUCGUAUGCGAGUACAAUGUCAAAACGUUCAGGAACAUAUUUGUCGCCAUCUGGUGGGCUUUUAUCACCAUGACAACCGUUGGAUAUGGUGAUUAUGCCCCGUCCACGCCCCUAGGGUUCUUUUUUGGUGGUGUGUGCGCUGUAUUUGGAAUAAUGUUGAUCGCAUUGCCCGUAGCAGUAACGUCAUCAAACUUCAAUGACUUCUUUAACUACAACAGAUACCGUUCUCGGCAUCACGACCAUGUGAAGAAGUCACGUGAUCGUAGAUGUGCUGGUCCAUUGCCAGGCGUACAGGAAGGCAUAAGGUCCAACAGCGUCACGAAAACUUUAGAUGAUCAGGCAGUGAUAUCAGCCUGGAACUGCGGUGAUUUGAAACCAUCCAAGACAAGAGUAAUUCCAUUUGACACAAAAUGUCAAUAACAUAGAAACUAAUGAAACACCAUAUGCUGAAAUUAGGCUUACCACUGCAACAUGCAAAGUCGCAAAGACUAGGGAAUAAUCAUUUUUACAUGGAGGAAUGUUCCUUAUAAAUAGAAGAUGAAGAAUAAAUAAAAAUUCUUUUGACUUCAGAUAGUUCCCUUGACAGCAUGUUCACUUUUCAUUUUUAUUAUUCCUUGAUGGGAACGUUGGUAUAAUGACGGAUUGCCAGUGUGAAGGGUACAGUAUUAUUCUAUUCAUCGGAUGUAUGUGUGCCCAUCGUAAUUACCAAUGUUUCUGGAACAAGUAGGAAUGAGAGAGGUAAAACUGGGUCAGCAUUCUUUUAUCAAUAAAUGUUUCUACUUCCCACAACUAAAUUCAAACACAAUGCAUCAUUACAAAAUGUAGACGACAAAGAUUCAGACAUAUUUACAAGAUCACCAUUUAUCAAAAUAACUGAAAACACUGAAUUCAUCUCAGAUGACUUCCGGCUGCCAUGUACAUUGUAACUUUAUAAACAUCCUGAUAUUUUAGUUGUGUGUGUGGUAAACAAGUGUUCUGUUAAGAUUAAUAUAACAUUUCCUGUCAUUGGCAUAAGACAGAAAAUUCUUACCCCGAGGGUUGAGGUUGUUCUGUCUCACUACCAAAGUGGGGAACAAUAAAAAAAAAUCCGAAAUCAAACACAAUUGGUAAUUUCAUAAAAUGCAAAUGUAGAUUUCAUAAUGUCGUUUUUUCGGAGUUCAUUGGUCUGCUAAUUGAAUUUCACUCCAUUGUCUUUUUGCGAAUAAAUGUGUCUAUUCUAAUUUCAUACAGCUAUAUUUGAUAGUAUGUAAUGCCUAUUCAGAUAGUUUUAAAUAGUCUCAUUAUA